UUUUCCUUUUCGUGUGGCCGUGUCACCGCGUGGUUCACUGCCGCAUUUUGCAAAUAAUCUAACAAAAUGGCAAUCAGGCCAAUUUACCGCCCUACCAUCGUCAAAAAGAGGACGAAAAGGUUUAUCCGCCAUCAGUCCGACCGAUAUGACAAAAUAAAGCGUAACUGGCGUAAACCCAGAGGUAUUGACAACAGGGUACGCAGGCGUUUCAAGGGACAGUACUUGAUGCCCAACAUCGGUUACGGUUCAGCCAAGAAGACCCGACACAUGCUCCCCAACGGCUUCCGCAAGGUCCUGGUCCACAAUGUCAAGGAGCUGGAGAUCCUCAUGAUGCAGAACAGGAAGUACUGCGCAGAGAUCGCGCACGGAGUCUCCUCUAAGAAGCGCAAGGCCAUCGUCGAGCGAGCCCAGCAACUCAGCGUGAGGGUCACGAACGCUGCUGCCCGUCUCCGCAGCCAGGAGAACGAAUAAACUUAACGCUAGAAUAAAAGUUAUAAAAAAGC